GGUCAUUUCCAUUGUUCUCCGCCGUCAAUCAUGUCGACAAUCACCAUCCAGUCUCCCGCGGACUUCCACGUUCACCUCCGGCAGGGCUCUCUCUGCAAGCUCACGACCCCUCAUGUCAAGCAGGGGGGCUUCGACCUUGCCUAUGUUAUGCCAAACCUGAAGCCGCCAGUGACAACUGUCGAUCAGGCGGUCGCGUACAAGGCAGAGUUGGAGGCCAUCGACCCCAGUGUGGAAUAUCUGAUGACGCUGUACCUCUCGCCGGAAUUGACGCCGGAGGAAAUCAAGAAGGCGAAGGCGGUUGGGAUUACGGGUGUCAAGUCAUACCCUCGUGGCGUGACCACAAACUCAGACGGUGGCAUCGAGUCUUAUGAGGCGUACUACCCCGUAUUCGCGGAAAUGGAGAGACAAGACAUGGUCCUCAACCUCCAUGGCGAAGUCCCCUCCGAUCCUGAUACCGAUACCCAUGUCCUCAACGCCGAAGCCCGCUUCCUCCCCCACCUCCACAAAAUCCACGCGCAGUUCCCCAACCUCCGAAUCGUCCUCGAGCAUGCGACGACCCGCGCUGCAGUUGAAGCCGUCAAAGCCUGUGGCCCCACCGUCGCCGCCACGAUUACUGCGCACCACCUCGCGCUGGUCGUCGACGACUGGGCGGGCCAGUCGUGGAAUUUCUGCAAGCCUGUGGCGAAGUUUCCGAGCGAUAGGAGCGCGCUGAGGGAGGUGAUAAAGGAAGGCCACCCGCGCUUCUUUCUGGGCUCCGACUCCGCGCCGCACCCGCCGCACGCAAAAUCCGUCAGCACGCCCGACCACGGCUGCGCCGCGGGUAUAUACACCUCGCCCAUCCUCUUACCUCUGACAGCACACUUGUUGGAGUCCUUUGGCGCGCUGGACAAGCUGGAAGGCUUCGUAAGCACAUUCGGGCGGAAAUUUUACAAGCGGGAGCUCGCUUCAGGAGCGCAGGCGUCAACGGUAACCUUGCGGAAGGUGCCGGAGGGCGUAACGGUGCAGAAGGAGUACACGCUGGCAGAGGACUCGCUCGUACCUUUUUGGGCGGGCAAGAAGAUCGGAUGGGAGAUCGUGCGGGAUUGAUGAACGAGGGUGACGAGGACAGGCUGACAGAAGGGGCGGAACAGAGGGAAACAUGAACUGUGCUGUUCCUGUUUGGUACGUCGUGCAGUCCUGUUUGGAGGGUCGAUCAAGUUUGGUCCGCGGUCGUUCAGCCCUGUUCCGCGCAUCCUUAGCAAAAAUGUACGCAUAGUGAUAAAUACACGAUAAAUACGAACUGUGCACCCCGGCGCAGGUUGGCCGUACGGGG